GUCAACUGACAUUUUCCUUCAAUAGAGAGCCUGAAAAAUAUUUUUAAUUUUUUGUUUACAAUUUUUCAAUAAAUAAACUUUAUUAUUUUAUAAAAUAAAUCCAUAAGAAUGGCAGAAACUAAACUAACACCAUGUCGAAUAUGCAACGGACAUUUUGCACAAUCAAAAUUAUUAGACUUGCAUGGAAUUGAAUCACAAAUAGAAAAUCUAAUUGGCGUUCAACUAAUAAAAGGUGUUGAUAUACCAACAUUUAUUUGCAAUCAAUGCAAUACGGACUUUGAAGGUGCUCAAGAAUUCAGACGCAAAUGCAUUGAAUCAAAUGAGUUUUAUGAAUCGAAAUGCGAAAGUCUACUUAAAUGUGAUGUUGUUAUUCCCAAAGAAGAACAAAUAGAACAUAUCCCACUUUCGCCAGCUCCAUUGUCGGAAGGGUCAUUUUGCAGAGAGGAUGUUGACCAAAUACAUAACGACGAAGACGAUUUUGAUGAAAAUGACCAUGACCAAGAUCCAGACUAUUCAUUACCGCCUGAUAACGAUAAAGAUAACGAAAAAGAUGAACAAGACGAAAAACCAAAUAAAACUUCAGCCAAAAGUAAAAAGGAUGAAAACAAAUCCGGCAAACGGGUAAAGAAAAAAUCCCCAAAGACCAAGGGCCGCGACUUGAUGAAUCGCAAACAGAAGGAGCAUCAUGCACUUGUAUGUGAUAUCUGUGGGAAUGUCUUCAAGGCUAGACAUAUUUUUGCUCUGCACAAACGAAGACAUAGCAAUGACAAACCAUAUGUUUGCGAAUUAUGUCCGAGCAAAUUCUUUACAAAUUCUGAAUUGAAGCGUCACAUGAGACGGCAUACAGGUGAAAAACCAUAUGAAUGCCAGUUUUGUCAUCGAAAGUUUUCUGAUUAUGGAACACAUGUUAAACACGAAAGAACACACACAAAUGACCGUCCGUUUGCUUGUCAACAUUGUGGCAAAGCUUUUUCGUGCGGUUUCGUUUUGAAAAAUCAUAUGCUUACUCAUACAGGUGAACGUAAUUACAAAUGUACGAUAUGCAAUAAGUCUUUUGGCCGACAGCACAAUUUGACUACACAUGAGAAAUCAAUUUAUCAUCAGAAUAAUCUCCUUAAAAAAGAAAAUGGCGACAAAGAAGAUUCAUAGUGAAUGUAAUGUUAGUUUUUAAUUUUUAAAA